AUGAACUCAGGAGAGACAUGGCCCACUAUUCGACAGUUCCACUGGCCAACACCCAGUCUUUAUAAGCCGUUCAGUUUUGCUGAAGGACCCUACCAGACGAUCUACUUGUUGCGAGCGAAUUUGGCAGUUAGCCUUCUUGAGAAAGUAAAUCGUUUCUGGAUGAUGCAGCAGGACACGUUUUGGCGAAAGAAUCUCUUCGAACUCGGUUUCGAAGAUGACAUGUCCUACGAUGCGAUAUUCGAUCAAUUAGGUGUGAACGAGAAGAGCAUGAGAACCAACUGGGUGAAC